UGCGGCGCGCUCCGGCAAGAUGGCGUCGGCGAGGUCGCAGGGUGCGCGGUGAGCGCCGGCCGCUGUCGCUCCACCCGGCCGGUCGCGCCUCAGGUCCGCCCGCCCGCGCGCGCCCCGCGGGCCCAUGGCGGCGACAGGUGCGGGCGCGCGGCGGCUCGCCGGGCUGCCGCGGGCCGGGCGCGCCCCUCGCUAACGCGCGCGUAACUUUUCCUCGCCGCGGCCCCCCGCGGCCUCCGCGCCACGCCCCCCGGGCCGCCGCCCCGCCGAGGUGCCGUCUGCCGGCCGCCGCGGGAGCCAGGAGCGCCGGGAGGCGCGGCUCCACCAUGGCUCUGACCCUGUUCGAUACAGAUGAAUAUAGACCUCCUGUUUGGAAAUCUUACUUAUACCAGCUGCAGCAGGAAGCCCCUCACCCUCGAAGGAUCACCUGCACUUGUGAGGUAGAAAACAGACCAAAGUAUUAUGGAAGAGAGUUUCAUGGCAUGAUCUCUAGAGAAGAGACUGACCAGCUCUUGAGUGUGGCUGAGGGGAGCUACCUCAUUCGUGAGAGCCUGCGGCAACCAGGAACAUACACUUUGGCUCUAAGAUUUGGAAGUCAGACCAGAAACUUCAGGCUGUACUACGAUGGAAAGCACUUUGUUGGGGAGAAACGCUUUGAGUCCAUCCACGAUCUGGUGACUGAUGGCUUGAUUACUCUCUAUAUUGAAACCAAGGCAGCAGAAUACAUUGCCAAGAUGACGAUAAACCCAAUUUAUGAGCACAUAGGAUACACAACCUUAAACAGAGAGCCAGCAUACAAACAGCACAUGGCAGUCCUGAAAGAGACACAUGAUGAGAAAGAGGCUACAGGCCAGGAUGGGGUAUCAGAGAAAAGGUUGACAUCACUUGUUAGAAGAGCAACUCUGAAAGAAAAUGAACAAAUUCCAAAAUAUGAAAAGGUUCACAAUUUCAAGGUGCAUACGUUCCGAGGGCCACACUGGUGUGAAUACUGUGCCAACUUCAUGUGGGGCCUCAUUGCUCAGGGAGUGAAGUGUGCAGAUUGUGGGUUGAAUGUUCACAAGCAGUGUUCCAAGAUGGUGCCCAAUGACUGUAAGCCAGACCUCAAGCACGUGAAGAAGGUAUACAGCUGCGAUCUGACAACACUCGUGAAAGCUCACAUCACCAAGCGGCCAAUGGUGGUAGACAUGUGCAUCAGGGAGAUCGAGUCUAGAGGUCUUAAUUCUGAAGGACUCUACCGAGUGUCAGGAUUUAGUGACCUAAUUGAAGAUGUCAAGAUGGCUUUUGAUAGAGAUGGUGAGAAGGCGGAUAUUUCUGUGAACAUGUAUGAGGACAUCAACAUUAUCACUGGUGCACUUAAACUGUACUUCAGGGAUCUGCCAAUUCCUCUCAUCACGUACGAUGCAUACCCCAAGUUCAUAGAGUCUGCCAAAAUUAUGGACCCUGAUGAGCAAUUGGAGACCCUUCAUGAAGCACUGAGAUCGUUGCCGCCCGCCCACUGCGAGACGCUCCGGUACCUCAUGGCACAUCUCAAGAGAGUGACUCUUCACGAGAAGGAGAAUCUGAUGAGUGCAGAGAACCUUGGGAUCGUGUUUGGCCCAACCCUCAUGAGAUCACCAGAGCUAGACCCCAUGGCUGCCCUGAACGACAUACGCUAUCAAAGACUGGUGGUGGAGCUGCUUAUCAAAAAUGAAGACAUUUUAUUUUAGAGUUUUGAUUUGAGGAGAAAAGAAAUGGUUUACAGAUGAA